AUGUCCGAGCCAAGCAUGUCGCAGAACGAGCCGUCGAAUGGCGUCGAAACGGCGCAGCAGACGGAGGAGGAACGGCUGGCCGCGUUGAAAGCAAAAGUGCAGGAGAUGGAGCAGGAGACCGCGAAACUGCGCGAGCUCCAGCAGCAAAUAAACGAGGAGGGUGCAGACCCGAACGUGUCGAUGGAGGACGCGGACUCGCAGCUGGAUUUUGCAGAGCGCGAGGCCAUCGACUCGCGGUCGAUAUAUGUGGGCAGCGUGGACUACGCGGCGACGCCCGAGGAGCUGCACAGCCAUUUCCAGGACGUGGGCAGUAUCAAUAGAAUCACGAUCCUGACCGACAAAUACACGGGCAACCCGAAAGGGUUUGCGUACAUUGAGUUUUCGGAGCCUGCGCUGGUGCAGAAGGCGAUCGACGAGAAGAACAGGUCGCUUUUUAGAGGCCGGGAGCUCAAGAUCAGCCCGAAAAGAACAAACCUGCCUGGAAUGGGCAGCAGGGGCCGCGGCCGCGGGCGAGGCGGGCCCAGAGGCAGGGGCGCGUUCAGAGGCAGAGGCAGAGGAUUCCGGGCCAGGGGCAGGGGCGGUUUCAGACCGUACUAG